AUGACAAUAACAAAAGAACAAACCUACAUGAUACUUGAAUUAAAUCAAGGUGAUUCAGAAUUGGAAAUUAAAAAAGCCUACAGAAAAUUGUCUCUACAACAUCACCCAGAAAAAAAUGGCAAUUCCGAAGAAAAAGAAGUUGAAGAGUUACAAAAAGAGGCAAAAGAAAAUUUAGACUGGUCUAUAUCUUUUGUUUUUUCUUCUGAAGAAGCACAAAAAGAACUUACUUCUUUUACAGAAUCUGAACGAGAAAGGUAUUUUAAAGAAUUGCAAGAAAUUAGAGAAAGAGGAGAUGGAGAAAUAGGAAAAAUUGCUAUCUUUAGACAAAAUUUAUUCAAAGCCGAAAGUAGAAAAAUGUUGAGUGAAAAAAUAAAAGACAGUUACGACUCUAAAUUACUAACCGAUAUUAUUAAUAUUGCAGUAAUCAUGUGUUCAGAUGAUGCUCCUCUUUAUCAAGGAGAAGAAAAUUAUUGA